CUGGCUUCCUGACUCCGCCCUCUGAUGUGACUGCUCAGGCUUUUAAAAGGGCUGAGCUGCCAGGGCUGGAGAAGAGCUGGAAGCUGAGAGGCAAGCCAAACACCUCCUGCGGAGAGCCUGGCGCCAGAGUCCACAGCCAUGGGUGGAAUCCUGAAGGUAAAGAUGCUGGAGGGCCGAGAGAUCCAGGUGACUCUGAGGGACUCCAUGCUGUUAUCGGAGCUGAAGCAGCAGAUCGCCCAGAAGAUCCAUGUGCCCACCUUCCAGCAGCGCCUGGCCCACCCAGAAAGCCAACAGGUGCUGAAGGACGGGGAGCCCCUGGUCCGCCAGGGUCUGAAGCCCGGCGAUACAGUCCUGCUGAUGGUGCAGAGCUGUGAGGACCCCCUGAGCAUCCUGGUGAGGAACGACAAGGGUCGCAGCAGUGCCUACGAGGUCCAGCUGACCCAGACGGUGGCUGAGCUCAAGCGGCAGGUGUGUCAGAAGGAGCACGCACAAGCCGACCAGUUCUGGCUGACUUUCGAGGGGAAGCCCAUGGAGGACCAGCAUCAGCUGGGGGAGUACGGCCUCACGGCCCGGUGCACCGUGUACAUGAAUCUGCGCCUGCGAGGGGGUGGGGCAGGGCCAGGAGGGCGGUGAGGAGGGCGCCCCACCGAAUGCUGGUAAUAAAGUUGUAGCAAAGCUGAA